UUAAUCAAAAAAUUAUAACGUCAAAAUUUAAAAACGCUGUGUCUUUUUUCUUAAUUCUGCUUUAGUUAAUAAUAUUCCAAAUUUUAGUAUAUUUGGUAUAUUUAAUAAGAAAAAUUAUUAGAUAAAAUUCACAUUUCAUAUGCUCAAGAUUUAUCAUUCUUUUAUAUCAAGUAUUAGAAUAAUUUGGAGGAAAUUUUCAAAGAAAUAUGAUACCGGAGUAUUAGGAGACUUGGGAUCAGGAGCAGGCAAAGGUGGAGGAGGUGGAGGAUCAAUCAGGGAAGCAGGAGGACCAUUUGGAAAAGCUGGCGCAGCUAGAGAAGAAGAGUAUUUUCACAAAAAACAAAAAGAAUUAUUAAGCGAAUUAAAAGACAAACUAACUGAAGAGAACGCUUUAAGAGAAAAUGAAAUUAAGAAACACCAAAGCGCAAUCAAAAGAAAUAAACGCAUAGCUGAAGAAAUUGAGGAAGAAAUAGAUGAUAAUAAAAGCUGUUCAUAAGGAGAAACAAAAACAAAUUUCAAUGUAUAAGAAAUAGACACAUUAAAAAAUUAUCAGUUUU